AUGUCUCCUCUAACCGCACUACGAGCCGACCUCUAUGCCGCUCCCUCCAUCCCCACCAAUGCAACCUUACCCGAUGGCUCGAUUGGAUACUGGCAACCGACGGUGGUGACCCUAAUCUCCGGACACUCCGAAGCCGUCCUCGUCGACACGCUCUUCACUCACGACCAAGGCGUGUCGCUGGGCGACUGGCUCGACGAGACCCUGAACGGCAAGCGCCUGGCGACGAUCUACAUCACCCACGGCCACGGCGACCACUUCUUCAACCUGCAAUACCUCACCCAGCGCUUCCCGGGGGUAGAGGUGGUCUCCACCCAAGCCUCCAUCGACCACAUGGCCACGCAGAUCACCCCCGAAUUCCAUGCCUUCUGGAAUGACCUCUUCCCCGGCCAAAUCGACACCGAUUCCUUCCAGAUCCUGGCCAAACCACUGGAGAAUAACAAGUUCACGUUGGAGGGCCAUACCUUGGAAGCCGUGGACGUCGGACACUCGGACACCGACGAGACGACAUUCCUCCACAUCCCGGACCUGGAUAUGGUUGUCGCUGGGGAUAUCGUGUACAACGAUGUGCACAUGUGGAUGACGGAGUCGCCGGAGCAAAGGCAGCGCGAUGCCUGGCUGCACUCGUUGCGCGUGCUGGAGCGGUUUGAUCCGGCGGUGGUCGUGGCCUCGCACCAUCGGCCCGGCGGGGUGGAUGGCGCGUGGAAUGUGCGUGCCUCGAUGGAGUACAUCCAGACGUUUAGCCGGUUGGUCCAGGAAUCGACCAGUGCGAAGGAACUUUAUGAUAAGGUUGUGGCGGCGUAUCCGGAUCGGAUUGGGAGGCUGGUUUUGUGGCUGGGGUGCAAGGCCGUCUUUCCCGAUAUUAUCGGGGUGUAA